AGCCCUGCCUUCGCACAGAUGUUGUUCAUUCAGCUGAUUAACUGAAUGGUGUAUAAAGAACAUCAGCUUGGUUACGUUGACAUUCUUUAGUCAUGGUAACUCAUUUCUGUCUAGGUGUUGUGCUUUUGGCUAUCUUGGCCACAGCUGUUGCUGAUCCAGAUAUCAAAGUGGUCUGUGCAAAAGAUUCUGUGAGAGUCACAUGGAGGGUAGCUCCCCAGUUUGUGCCUUAUGCAGCUCGAUUCUUUCUUGGGAACUGCAUGCCGUCGACGUGGAAAGUCCUCCCAACUGGAGAGGGAGAAGCAAGUUUUAACUAUAAGUUCUUUGAUUGCAGGUUUACCAAACAGUUAAAAGGGAAACACAUUAUUUAUCAGAACCAGCUGUCCUUUAGGCCGCAAUCAAAACCAAAGUCAGCCAUCUUCACCUAUCCCAUCCAAUGUGUCCAGAAACUAGCUGAAGAAAAAGUUCCCCAGUUCCUGAAUCCUGGAUCUGGCGUUUCUGAGGGACACAGUAAGCUGGUCUUCCACAUGGAACUUCUUAAUGAGCAAUUAACAGGCGUCUCAAAGACAAAUGUGAUUCCCCUCGGCUCAUUCAUGCCAAUAUGGGCGGCAGUGGAGCAGAAGUCCCAUCAGCCGCUGGUGUUGCUAAUGGAUGAGUGUGUAGCAGCCUCCACACCAGAGCUGCACCCUGGGAGCCAAGUUUAUCCCAUUGUUGGCAAUAAUGGGUGUCUUCUGGAAAGUAAAAGGGGAAGCUCGCUGUUCCUUCCUCGGUACCACUCGUCUGCCAUAAUUCUCUACCUGCAGUCAUUCAAGUUCGGGAUGGGAGGAGAGGUGUACAUUCAUUGUAAUCUGAUUGUAUGGGAUGGAGAUUAUCUUGAUCAACGCAGGAAGGCUUGCCAUGUGAAAGAUGGGAGAUGGGAACUACUUGAUGACCCUAUGCGACACUCCCUCUGCAACUGCUGUGAAACCUCCUGCAAUCCUCGCACCAAAAGAGCAGUUGACUGGGAGUCUUUAAGCAGCCAUUUCAACUCUAUGUUGGGACCCAUCAUCAUAGUGGACCAGCCAGAUUCUAUGGCAAAUGCCUCAUUGCUGGACACUGGUGCAGCUCAGUCAAAGAAAAGGGUUGAUCUAAUUUGAAGCUACAGCCUGUGGCACUCAUGAUUUACAAGGCUUUGGACACCAGAACCUGCUAUUGGUAGACAUGACUGAACUUGGAAAGGAAUGUUUGUGGGAUAUUUGUGCAAUAUUAAAUAAACCCAGUUUAUUCUAA